GCGCGGCUUCCGCCCGGGGUUCAGGAGUCGGAGUCGGUGCUUCCAUUGGCCGCCGCCCCCUAGUUUCCCAGUUUGGAUUUUCGAACCCAACUCCUCGGCCUUCACAUCAGUUCCAUCUUCAAGUUCCAGCAGAACCUGAACCCAGGAAAGAAGCCCACGUGCCGCCUGUCCACCCGUGGAGAGCCAGGUGAGGUUCUCGCCCGGCUUAGGGCCUCGCCUUCCCCUCUCCCUUCGGUCCCGCGAAAGCCCUCCGCGGCCCCGACCAUGGCCCAGAAGCCGAAGGUAGACCCCCAUGUCGGGCGGCUGGGGUAUCUGCAGGCACUGGUCACGGAAUUCCAGGAAACCGAGAGCCAAGACGCCAAGGAGCAAGUCCUCGCCAACCUUGCCAACUUCGCCUAUGACCCCAGCAACUACCAGUAUCUGCGGCAACUACAAGUCGUGGAUUUAUUUCUCGAUUCUCUGUCGGAAGAGAAUGAGACCUUGGUGGAGUUCGCUAUUGGGGGCCUCUGCAACCUGUGCUCAGACAGGGCCAACAAGGACCACAUUCUGCAAGCAGGUGGCAUCCCACUCAUCACCAACUGCCUGUCCAGUCCCAAUGAGGAGACAGUGUUGUCCGCAGUUACCACGCUCAUGUACCUGAGUUCACCAGGUGCCAGCUCCCACCACGAGCUGACUUCCACACCUGUGGUCCAGUGCAUGCUGCGCUUCUCUCUUUCUGCCAAUACAAGGCUCCGGAACCUGGCCCAGAUCUUCCUGGAGGACUACUGUUCCCCAAGUCAGGUGGCUGAAGCUCGUAGCUGGCAGGCCCACUCUGCCAUGGGUAUCCCACUGCCAAGGACUGAGACCCCGCAGCAACCCUGACCCAGGCAGCUCCCAGUGCUGCAGCACCGUUAUUUCUGGGGACCACAGUCCUGGCAGGGAAGUAGGGGACCACAGUCUGUCAAAAUGCUGCCUUUUCUACCAUCUUAAAGGUGAAGUUUUUCAGCACAACAAGUGUGUACACUGUGUUGAAAAGGCAGUUGGAGGGACGUGAGACCUGUGGAGGUCAAAGCUGGUGCUGUCUUCAUGAGCUGACACUCAGACACACUGAAAGUGAGGGGCCUACCCCCAGUGCCACCACCUCCAGGCUCACACUCGUGUCAAAAGCACAGGCCCUAAAUCCAGAUGUAGCACAAGGGCCUGCUGGGGAGCAGAGCUGGAACUGAGGCUUAGGAUUGGUCCCUGGGCCUGGGCCUGAGGCAAUGAGGGACUAGCCCUUAACAGAAAUGUCUGGAGUAAUUUUGAGGUAGAUAUGAGAAGCCUCAUCAUUAAAAGGACCUGGGUGGGGGGCAGCAGAGGUGUAGCUGUGGAGGUGUGUGUGUUUGGCAUGCAUGAGACCCUGGGUGUGACCCCAGCAAUACGUGGAAAAAGAACUUGAGCCUUGGGAAGCUGAGGUGUCACACCUCCCCCUCCAGGGCUGUGGAAGACCACACUUCCCCCUUAAGUCUCCAGGCUGGGCUCCUGGCCAUGGUGGACACCUACCUGUGGAACUAUGGCCUGGGAUAAAGUAUCUCCACAGCCCUUCUAGCUGAUAGGCACUGUAUAAGGGUUUCAAGGAUGAAAUCUUGUGAUGUUAACAUGGCCAGCAAGCAUUAAGACCAAGGCCCUGAGAGUGAUGACACUUCAGAAUACAGAAUAAAGGCAGGACCCCUUAGAGCGGGAUAGUCUCCCCUCACUGCUCCAAGGCUUCCAACUAGAARCCUGGCCCUUCUCUGCUGUCAUAGGAAGCAUCCUGGGAGGUAAGGCUUGCCCUGAGAUGUUUCCACAGGCCCAUGGAUUUCAGGGGCACAAAUGAAAGGGUGAUGCUCAAGGCAGAGAAGAAGAGGUAUGUGUGCACCCCCUGGUGCUGGUCAACAGAGAAAGGAAUGUGGUCCCAGUGGAAAGUUGUGGUUUGUGAAAAAUGGAGGGCCCUGGSCUCUCAGGUGCACCCCUUGGACAGCCACACAAAGGUCAUUCUAGAGGAAUGCUAUUCAAGUGGGUGUGGAAGCAAGGGCAGGAACCACAAGAUGGAGAAGGGAGGAAGCAUCUGUUCUCCUAAGCCCUUGUUCCAGCUGCACCCAC